AUGGUCAACAUUCCUUUGAUCGUGGCUGCUGGCAGCCUCUUCACUCUCAUUUCCGGAGCUCCUGUCUCGUCCUCUCACUCGGGCGCCCACAGACACACAGAACGACAUGCUCACCACGCUCCCUCGUUUGCGAAGCGUUCCUACAACGUCCUCGGAGGCAGUGGCAAGGCCGCUGACGGCUGGCCGUCCCACGACAACUGGUGGCCCGAAUUCGAGAAAAUGUUCGAGGCCAACCGUGAAAACAUGAAGCAAGCUUGCGACCAGUGGAACGUUCCCAACAACUCCGACCAAGAGAUGGACGACAUCUCGUCCGCCAUCCAGGAGGUCGCCAGCUCCUCCGGCGUUGACCCGCGCUUCAUCCUGGCUAUCGUCGUCCAGGAGAGCAACGGCUGCGUCCGCGCCCCCACCACCGACAACGGCGUCAUCAACCCCGGUCUGAUGCAGAGCCACAACGGCCAGGGCUCCUGUAACAAGGGCGGCUCUGUCCAGACCCCCUGCCCCAAGGCCCAAAUUAAGCAGAUGAUUGAAGACGGCACGGCCGGCACUUCCGAUGGUGACGGCCUCAAGCAGUGUCUCGCCCAGGCUGGCGGCACUGACUCGUCCGCCUACUAUGCCGCUGCUCGUAUCUACAACUCCGGCUCCGUCGAUGGCUCGGGCAACCUGGGCAAGGGCAUCGCUACUCACUGCUACUCCUCAGACGUCGCCAACCGCCUCUCUGGUUGGUCUAGCGGCCCUAGCUCUUGCGAGGACAACACCAUUGGCAGCCUGGACAAGGCCGUUACCAGCCUCUUCCGCUUUGCUGGUGGUCUCCUCAGCGGUGGCUCCGACUCUGGCUCCGACUCUAGCUCUAACGAUUCCACCGAAUCUCAGACCUCUUCCACCGAGUCCACCCCUGAGCCGUCACCAACCCAGGCGGACCCUGGCGUCUUUGCCGAGGAGCCUACCCCUACUGAGGCCCCCAGCUCGACGAUCACCAGCACUGCCACCGAGACUUCCACUAGCACCAGCACCAGCACUUACACCCUGGUGGAUGCCUCGAGCACCCCUACCCCUGAGCCUGCCACCACCGAGCCCGCUGCCAACUCAGCUGCUCCUUCCUCUGGCUCCGCUCCCAUCUACCCCAACGCCAACUCGUCGUGCAAAGAAUACUACACCGUCCAAGACGGCGACUACUGCCUCAAGAUCGAGCCUGAAACCGGCGUCACAGUCGACCAGCUCCGCGAGUUGAACUCCGGGCUGGAGCAGGAUUGCACAAACUUGUGGUUGGGUUACCAGUACUGCAUUAAGGCGUAG